UCCAAUGUCAUCCUGCUUGUGAGAGGUCCCAAAAACCAAAAGUAAUAGUUUUCAUUUAUUUAAUCCACUGUGUUAAAAUAAUCACAUCAAUGAUACACAAGUGAUAUCGGGAAAGUAAUGGUAACCACCGACCAUUACCAAUCAAAAAUCAGCCAAAACCAAACCAAAAGAAACCAAAAGUCCCCUACCCACCCAGCUUAAAAACAUUUUGAAUUAUCCGUAAAAAAAACUUAAAUCGUGUUAUAGUUAUCCCCUCAGCAGUAUUACAUUUAAACAUGCCCAUAGGAAGCAUUAUCAAAAAGGCAUCUAGCUUUAUACUAGGUGACGAAAGAUUGGACAAAAAAAUCGAUAUUUCUUACGAAGACAACGAAAUCCUCUUCUGCAAGAAUAACGUUUGCAUUCAUCCGCCCACAAUCGCGCGGGAUGAAUCGGAUAUAUUGCACAAUCCGGGAUAUCUAACGUGUACUACGAAAACCUUUGUGGAUCAGUACAAUAGUGCCAAAAGGCCCACGCUACUUCUCACUUGGAUACCGAACACUUCACUAUGUAAAUACACCAAUCUAAGCCCCGAGGACUGCCGGGGUCAGUGCAAUCCGAGGACUAAAACUUCAGACACCCGAAACGGCUACUGUCACGUGACUAUACCUCAGACUAUCCAUGAACGAGACAUCAGGGAUGAAGAUGACAACGCCGCUGAAAUGCAGGAGCUAAAGAACGAGCUGCAACCAUUGUUAGGUGGUCAAACAGCUUCUAUAGAUGACUUAACGGCUUUGCUUAAGAAUAACCCCAUCACGUCGGUAAACAUAACGAUUUCGAAUCCACAAAUCGAAAACAGCAAUAUUUCGCAAUCAUUCAAUUGCAUCACCAUUCGGCCGGAUGGGAAUAACUGUGCCGACUGCGCCAGUGGACCUGGCGUUUCUGAUGGCCCAGCCUCCGAUAACCCCAAAUGGACGACUCCAGAACUCUUGGCUUUUAAGCACAACUUGGAGUUUCCGGAUAGUGGUAAUUCGACGCCGGCCGAUCGUCAGAAAUCUGUCAUGAAGUGCCGCCAUUUUUCCGUUGAUUUAAGCCAAAUGCGCUCGUUGCGCCUUUUUUUCAACGACGACAACUGCACUUCCGGUCAGUUGGUUAUUGCAUCACGGGAGUCUCAGUACAAGAUACUUCACUUUCACUACGGCGGCUUGGAUCAUUUGGCCCAAGUGUUGCAUCAGUGGCACUGUUUUCUGCACAACAUCACAUCGGAAACGGGCCAGGAUAAAUUCGACUUGCCUUAUAGGCAUUUUAUGGUCUGUCGGCCAGAGGUUAAGAAAUCUGAAAUGCAUCCGGAUGAGGGAGAUGUCAAGAAGAUAACAACCAAUUUCUUCUACGGCACAUUGCUCAAUGAGAAGGGGCAGAUCGAAGAUGAUUUGCUCCUUCGAAAAUGCAUAUUCUUUGGGGGCCUUGAAAAGAGCUUGAAGAAAACUGUGUGGCCGUUUCUCCUAAAGUGCUAUUCAUUCUCAUCAACUUUCGAGGACCGCGCAGUCCUCAUGGAUAUCAAACGGCAGGAGUACGAGGAAAUAACGCGAAAGCGACUAUACUCUAUGUCCCCAGAACAGCAAAUACACUUCUGGAAGACGGUACAGGUGGUUGAGAAGGAUGUCGUUCGUACGGAUCGCACGAAUCCCUUCUUUUGUGGUGACGACAACCCUAACACCGAGGUCAUGAAAAACAUUCUGCUCAAUUUCGCUGUGUACAACUCUGGAAUGUCCUAUUCUCAGGGCAUGAGUGACCUCUUAGCACCUGUCCUUUGUGAAGUGCAAAACGAGUCGGAGACCUUCUGGUGCUUCGUAGGACUAAUGCAGCGGGCCUUCUUCGUGUGCACUCCCACCGACAGAGAUGUGGAUCACCAUCUGAACUACCUGCGCGAACUGAUCCGGGUAAUGCUGCCACGUUUCUACGAGCAUUUGGAGCAGCAUAACGACUCCAUGGAGCUGCUCUUCUGCCAUCGAUGGCUGUUGCUCUGCUUCAAGCGCGAGUUCACCGAAGCGGUAGUGAUUCGGAUGUGGGAGGCUUGUUGGUCAAACUACUUGACAGACUACUUUCAUCUGUUCCUUUGCCUGGCCAUCAUCGCUGUUUAUGCGGAUGAUGUAGUGGCCCAAAAUCUGCGCCCGGACGAGAUGCUGCUGCACUUCAGUUCGCUGGCUAUGUAUAUGGAUGGGCAAUUGAUCCUGCGAAAGGCACGCGGACUGCUCCACCAGUACCGCCAGCUGCCGAAGAUCCCAUGCACCCUAAGUGGUUUGUGCAAACGGUGCGGCCCCGGUAUGUGGGACUCUGAGCAUCGCCCUGCGCUGGAAUGCGUGGGCCAUAGCGAUGAUGAAAAGUGUUCGCUUUCUAUUGACUAGUUAUUUAAAUUUACACUGUUUAAACUCAGCAAUUACUAUUGUUGGCGACUGAUAAUUCGUCAUUUACUAUUAGCACACGUAUUUUGCUUUGUUUUGAGUAAAUCGCUGCCGCGCUAGGCCUCUUACUACGUUAAAACGCUCGCUUUAUUUGCAAUUGAAAAUGUUGAAAGGUACACAUAUUUUCCUUUUGUCUUAUUUGCGAAUACUAUAGCCAUUCAUACUAUUACUAAUUGUUUCAAACUUAAAGCAUAAACAGAGAACCUUUGUAAAAUACUUAAUUUCGCAAAUACCUGGCAAAAAACGUAGUAUGCAAUUAUUUUUUCAGGUUAGCUUAUUUAUAAUCGUCUAUACCCAAGAUACAUAUGUAUAAGCCAGCUUUAAAAUGUAAAAAUAAAACAAGCAAGCGAGUUAUUAUGAUACAUUGGAAUAAAGUUCAAAAACUGUAUGGGUUUAACUCAGCUAAUUUAAACAAUGAUUUAAUUAUGUUUUGAUUGGUCCAACAGUUCUAUUUGAAUAUUAGUUAUGCUAACUUUAUUUAAUAAAAUCGUAAACUUUGUGAUUAAAUUAA